UGUCUUAACAGGUUUGUGGACACACGGCCGGCUGCCACUCACUGCACUUGUGAAGCAGACGCUGGGGAAAGGUGGGGAAGCAGACCUCCCACCCCCAGAGUUGGGCCAGAGCCUGAGACCCACAUGCCUGGUCAUAGAGCAUCCUCUGGCCUGCCAAGGUAGGCCCUGCUCUGUGCCGACACCUGCCCCUUGUCCCCCUGGAACUUUCCUCUCUGGAAUGGGUCCCCAUACCACCCCUUCCUGCCACCUCUGCCCUUCGGAGUUCUUCAACCCCUGGCACGGCCAGAAUGCAUGUUUCCCGUGCGGCUCUGAGGCCACCCAGCCAGAGGAGGGCAAGGACACCUGUGUCUGUCAGAGACCUGGACGUAGAUUCCAGCCCAGCGAUGGCCAGUGCCCUUGCCUCCCUGGCUAUGAAGACAUUGGUGACCCAGUGGGCUGUGUCCAGAGGGAACACCACGACUGCAAAGACGGAGCCACUUGGAACCAGGAGGGGAAAUGUCUGACCAAAGAACAAUGGAGUGACCACUGUGCCCAGGAGGUGUGUCCCACGCCGGGAGAUGCUCGUGGCUAUGACCCGAGCCUGGGACUCUGCUUGUGCUGGGGACAGCAGUCGAGUGGAACGUGUGGACCCCUCUGCUCAGGAGAACAGAGACAUAUCCUGCAGCUCAGCUGUGCUCAGGGCGUCCCACAGAUCUUCAUCCCUGAAGGCACUGGAAGCCAGGGUUUUUACCUCUUGGACAAGCCUUCCUCGCCACGUGCUGUGGGUCAUCCCUGCAACUUAGACCAAGGGAUGAAGUCUGUGCCUCUGUAUGUGAUCAAUGUGAAUGAGCAUGGCUUCCAGGGUCUGACCAGACCAGGCCCUGAGCUUCUGCACAUGCUGGGCCUGCCUCUAAUGGAUCCCAGGCAUUCAGACCAGGGACCAGAAUCCUUCCUAGGAAACUUAACAGAUGAACAUCAGACCUACCCUUGGUCACCGGGUCUCAAUUCCACAUACUCUGGAGAUAUGUUGGGUAUCCAGAACCCUAUAGUCUGCCUCCAAACCAAUGAUACACUGGCUUUCCUGGUGACUCGUGAGCAUUACCCAGAAUAUGACCUGGGCCACUUCUACAACACACUGCAGCAGUUUGACUGGGGGCGCUUCCGGGCCCUGGCUGAGGAGUCUCAGCUCUCUGAGCAAAGGCCCCGCCUCUUCCUGCAGCAGUUCCAGCUACCGGGAGUCUACGUCUUCCAUCUAAACAGCAACCGGCAUCGGAAGAUGUACCUCCGUACUCUCCCCGCUGGGGGCCGGUGCUUUGUGGAUGGGCCCUUUGCCAUGACGACACCCAGGAAUCUUAUCCAGACUGGUAUUGCCAAAAUCCCCAAACCAGUGAAGAAGCCUCACUGGCCAGGAGCCCUGGGGGCGAUGCUGUUUCUUCUAGGGCCCUGCCUGAUUUUGUUGAUUCAGUGUAAGAGCCUCAGCUGGGCUCGGAAGGCUGCUCCACACCCCAUCUUCAGGACUCACCAGCAAAGAUAUAAUCUUGAUGUCUACAUGUCCCCAAGGACUGGUAUGAUAUUAGUGAGGAGAGGCCAAUCACCCCGAGACUGCGAGGUCCUCAGAGCUGAAGGGAGUCAUGGUGGGACCUGGGAGGACCAGGUAGACCUAGAAUGGUUUGACACAGAGGUCUUCUUUGGGAUACUGCAUCGGCAGUCUCUGACAGUGACGGCCAGUCUCAGCCAAAUCAACAAGGAGCUCAAAGUCCUCUACCGCAAACUUCUGAAUGAAGCUGGUUCUCUCCGGCAGCUGUGGGGUGCUCAGCGUGGCACCUCAGCUUCCACUAACCAGAUUCUAAUCCAGAGAAAGCAACAAGAGGCCGCUAAGGCAGUUGCCAUGGCUGCAGAGGAAGAGUCUAGGCAGAGGCGAAGCCUGGUGGGCGAGUAUGCAGCAAGCCUUGCUCACCAACUGGAGCUCCUUCACCAAGACCUCUGUGCCAGGCAGGACCAGUGGGCCUCUUUCUACUCAGCGUUGAUGGAAGCUCGGUGGCUGCUGAAGGCAUCUGCAAGCUCUAGCCCAGAGACGUCCCCACAGCCUGGGCAAAGCCCUGGAGAGGUGGAUUCUCGGCUGGACACUCUGCUGGGCCGCUUGUCCCAGGCCAUGCUGCAAGAAGGUCACCGCUUGAAGGCUUGGGGUUUCCUGGACACUGGAACAGGGGCGGAGCUGCUACAGGCAGCCCCAGCAGGUCCUCAAGAGGGUACUGAUGACAUCAUUGUGAAUCCUGUCACCAAGUUGAUGGUCCCUGGACCCAACUGUACGAUGAUACUCCCAGCAAGUGGCCACAUAGGGCCCGUACCCCCUGGCUACUUUAUCCACCCUGACACUGGGCAUGUGCUGCCUGAGGCUGGACACCUGGGAUAUGAUCUGCUGAGCUCAGGGCUGAUCCCCAUUGCUGACUCUAAUGCUGGUGAUGUCCGAACAUCAGAGGCCGCUAUUCUCCCCUACAUGCCCUACCCAACGAAUCCUGUCACAGGCUGCCCAGCAGAUACUCACCUGCCCAUCCUACAACCAAGAAGAGCAUCACAGCUGGGGGCUCUCAUGUCUGACCCCAUCACAGGCAUCGAGGUGCCUGUGCUUGCUGUGACUUUGCAUCCCCAAACCAGGGAGUGGCUCACUCUCGGGGGAACAUACUGCAGUCCUCUCACCAAGACGUUGGCCCCUUUGGAACUGGGGGGACCCAUGGAGGACCCAGUCACAGGAGGCAUCGUGCCAAUCCUAGGCGUUGGGCUGGAUGAACACACAGGUCAGGUGCUUGCCGUAGGAGGGCUUCGAGAUGCCACCGGGAGCCUCUUGAUGCCUGGUGACAGCUUUGUGGAGCCACUGAGUGGGAAGACAGCCCGGCUCCUGGGAGCUUCCCAACAGGCAGGGCAGAUAUCAGCCCACGCAGGGGGGUCACAGGCCCUGCUGGAUGCCAAUGUCUUGGUGGCCCAGAGGCAAGUGAUUAUGAUGCUCCAGCAGUGUCGGGAGACCACAGGAUCCGGGGCCCAAGAACUGCUGGAGUCUGCCACAAAGGGCAUGAGACAAGCCCUGGCCCUCAGUCUGCACCACAUCCUCCAGCAGGCUCAGAGGCUGGAGAGGCAGUUGGCAGCAGCGCAUGACAUUGAAGUCAGUGGUGGCUGUAUAGGAAUAAUGUGCUAUCCUGGGACAGAGCUCUGGGUCCCAGCCCUGUAUGGAAUGGAGAUCCCAGACCCUGAAGGCUCUGGGCUCAUGGUGCCUAUCCUGGGCAUGCAUCAAGAUGGGGAUUCUGGUGCUACCACACCCCUGGCAGGCACAAUGCAGGAUGCGGCUGGUGAAGGUCUUGUCCCAAUCUCCAUUGGGGCUCAAGCCAUAGACCCCUUAACUGGAGAGCAUGGUCCUGUCAUUGCUGUUCAGAUGGAUCCCUCUGCCAGAGUGGCAGUGCCCGUGGUGCAGGUGCUGGAGGCCUUGCCGCGUGGAGUGAGGGACCCAGAGCUGCAGAGCCUCAUGGAGCAGGAGCUAAGGGCCCGCCGGCAGUACUGGCAGCUCCAGGAGCAGGAAGAACAGUGCCUGGCAGAACACUUGUGGCACCUGAGCCAGGAGCUCCGUUUCCACCCAGGCCAUGAAGCCAGGCUGGAGCUGAGGGCUGCUGAGGAGGCUUGUACAGCCCUAGAGGCCUGCUGCCUUCAGGAGACAGAACGACGAGCUAGAGCCCUGAGCAUGCUCAGCAGCCCAGAACGGCACUUGCUUUCUCAAGCAGACAGAAAGGAGUGGGAAGAAGAGUCUCACGUGGUGCUGGGCAUGCGGAAGGUCCUUCACAUGUUAGGGCAGGCCUCAGAAAAACUCAGGAAAGAGUCCCUCAGGUUACAAGGCCAGGAGAAGGAGGUGUGCUUACAGCAGAGUCAGGAUCAGAGCCCGCAAGUCUGCAGUCAUCAGAGGAAGGUAGUACAGCAUCUCUCUGAUGGGUUUCAGGAGGUGGUGAGGGACAGACAGAACUUCCUGGGCAGGGCUCUUGGUCAACUUCAGUACCAGCGGGAGCUCAGCCGUCUCCAGCUCUUGCAUAUCCAGCUUAAGGUCUCGGGAACUCCUGUGUGUUUGGAGAAUUACCCUGGAGAGAGAUUCUAUGGAACAGUCACCGCUUCUCUUGGGAAGCAGGCUGCUGACUGCCCCCUGUUGGUCCCUUUCCUGAAAGGCAUCACUGCAAUGCUCAUAGAGGAUCGAGGUUGUCAUCUAGAGCUGGAAGAUCAGAGGCCAGGAGCAGAUGCAGACAAAGUUGACCAUACCGAGAUGCCACCAUUACUCUCCAUCAUGAAGAAAAUAGAUACCUGGCCCCAAGACCCCAGGGAAAUGGCUGAACUACAAGGACGAAUGCACCUCAGACCAGGACCAAGAAACUCUCUGAAGAAUCUCCUGAAGGCUGAGACAAUGCAGGAAGAGCUGGAAACUAUGCAACCCUCAAAGCUUUCUGCCUGGGAAUUUGUGGUUUACCAGUAUGGCCUCUCUGUCCUACACCUCCUUGUUCCCCAUCUUCAGGCUCCAGAAACCACCCUACAGAUUGCUUCUCACGUUCCUGCCAUGGAAGUCUCAGGAAAUGUCUUCCAAGGUUCCUUCUUCUAUCAGAGCACUGAAAGCACCCUGUUUGUUGAGAAAGAGUGCUUGGCAUCUGUGGGGAGUUUUGUUCUGCUCUUGAUCCACUGCCUGGCUCACAUUGCUACGGGGGACUUUAACCAGGACUCCAACCCCAGGUUUCUGGAGUUGUUCUAUAAGGGGCUGAGAGUGUACUUCAAGGAGGCAUUCACUACUACAUUGCAAAUGUCAGCAGUUCCCUGGGACAAUAAGUUUGAUAAAAACCUAAGUGCUAUUCUGUUAAAAGAGCAGCCAGUCUCUGAAAGAGAAAGAGAUCUCCUCUCUAAACUCAUUGAGAAGAAACCUGAGCCUUGCUUGGCAAGAGAGUCAUCAGAAGAGUAUAUUAAGAAGAACAAAGAGCUUCUCCUCUUCAACAAUAUGGAACAUUUCAUUAAAAGCAUCCUUUCUGCCAAGCAAUAAAUCUUAAUAACAUUAAGAGCUGGACUCAGCCGCAAAAUAAAGGUGAGAUGCCAUGUCUAAGUGCUGAUCAAUAGCCCUGGAAUUAUACUUUGCCAUAUACACUCAGUGUAUUGGUGUGUGUUUAGGACUGUGUUUAUAACUGGAUGUAACAGCAGAUAAAUGGAUUGAGAAUUAAUAGUGGUGUGGUUUAAAGCACAUUAUUACUCAACGAACCUUUUUAGUACCAACAGAUAGACCUUAGAUCUUAGAGUACAAAGGAUCCAAAAGAUUAUACAGUUUAUUCCUCUGCCCUUAUGCAGAAUAAGUAUUUAUUGUAGAGAAAAGAGACCCUCCUUCUCCCCUCCCCCAUACCUCCUCCCUUUCUCCUCAGUGAAGAGAAACCUUCUAUGGAUAUCAACCCAAAUUGGCAUAUUAUAUUAUAGUAGAACUGGAUGUAUCUUCUUCUAUUGAGGCUGGACAAGGCCAUCCUGUUAGGGAAAUGGGAUCCAAAGGCAGACAACAGAGUCAGAGACAGCUCCUGCUCCUGCUGUUAGAGGUCCCACAUGAGGACCAAGCUGUACAUGUUACAUCUGUGUAGGGGGACUAGGUCUGACCUAUGCAUGUUAUCUGGUUGGUGGUCCAGGCUAUGUGAGCCCUUAUGUGCAAGGUUAGUUGAUUCUAAGUCACCAAAAUUACGAUUUUAUAAUAUCUAUAAAAAUGGUAGCAGAGAGAAGGACAUCAAUGUCUGUUUCCUAAUGUAGUGACCUAUAAAUCAAAAUCAGGAUCGGCAACUGGUUACCUCCAGAAAUAACUGGCGCCAGUCCCGGACUUAAUUUAUUUUAUUUAAAAUUAUCUCUAAUGCCUGAGUUGAAGACUACCCUUAUGAUUUUUAAAAAAUGUUAAUACAAUUGUAAAAGUAAACAAAUCCUAUUCAUGGAUGGGAUACAUAAGCUUACAGUUUGGCAUGUACAUACAACAUAAUAGGAUCUGCUUGCCACAAAAACAAAGUAAAUAAGGAAAUCUCUAAUGCAUGUGUGUGACUAUCAACUGGAACAUGAGCAGCUUACCAGGGGCUACACCCCCCCCAAGGAAGAGUGGUCCUCCUUCAGCAUCUGUCAACAGCAAAUAUCUCCUCCAGUAGGAGCGGGGCCUCACUUAGUAAAUACUAACUAGAAUUCCAAAGUGACAAACCAGGCUCUGCCGCAAUAGAGCAGGAGACGUCUGCAUCUCAACAACAUUUGGCAUUUUACAUCUCUUGUAAUUUUCCCCUUCUUCUGGUAUAUGGUAUAUGGUAUAUGGUAUAUGGUAUAUGGUAUAUGGUAUAUGGUAUAUGGUAUAUGGUAUAUGGUAUGUGGCAGACAGUUUGAAUUUUCAUUUUAUAAUAACCAUUGUGACUCGGCAUCUUUCACGUGUGAAUAUUCAAGUGUUUGAGUAUCUUGUCCAUUUCCCACUGAGCUGCCUAUUUUCUCACUGACCUCUAGAAAUUAAUUUUCAUAAUUUUAUGAACCCUGUAAGGAUAAAAAAAUAACUUUUUCACGUUUUAUUUUUAGAUCUAGAGAGGAAGGUGGAAAAAUACUCAAUACAACAUCUGAUAAAAUGUAAACAAUUUAUCUGAAAAUAUCUGUCUUAUCAUGCAUAAGUCAUACAAAUAUAUAGUAAAGUUUCUGUCACAGAAGAAA